AAAAAUUGUGUUCAAAAGUGCUGAUUUGUGCUGAAAAAUUGUGAUCAUUGCAGUGUGUAAAUGUCUUCCGACUUUUUCGUCUUUUACGACGCCAUCGAUUCAUUGCUCGAGCGCAUACAACAUUCGGCGGGAAGUUCAAACUCCGGGACCAAAGAACUUUAAAAAUGUCUGCCGAGGAAGAAACCAAUAACAAACCGCAACCUCCCAAAAACAACAACAAUGGCAAACAAAACAACAACAGCAAUGGAAAUGGCAACGCCAAAAAGCAGGCCCGCCUCUGCCCGGGCCGGGACUCGUACGAGCGGAUGAACUUCCUGUACCAGGCGUCCGUGCUGAUGGCGGAGAGCGCGCCCGCCCUGUCCGGGUGCUACGGCAAGCUGAUGAAGGCGGUGGGCAAGAAGGCGGUGCUGCGCGUGGAACCGGCCAUCAAGCGGACACUUUGCGCCCGAUGUGGCGUAGCGUUGAGUUCAAGUUCGACGGCAAGCUACAGUGACUUUCGGCACAAGAAGCUGAGCUACGUCGAGGUUCGGUGCAAGUUGUGCGCGUUUAGUAAACGGUACUAUGAAAAUAAGAAGCACCGGAUUCGGUUGGACGAUCCGGCGGCCGUUGUGGAGACGAUGGAGUUCAAUUGAGGAAUAAAGAAAGAAGUUAUCUUUUUAUAAAAAUAUAGUCGUUUUUAUUUCUCAAUCUCAAUAAUUUACACUACGAAUACAGAGUGUCACGUUUUACAUUCAAAUGUAUCCUUUGAAGGGGAAGGAUAUUCUUCUAUGGCACUUUUCUUCUUGCUACUAUACAUAUAACUUGUUUUUUUUGUUCACUUUCAACGCAAAUAUUUUCAACUGUGUGAAUAUAUAACAAUCACUGUGCUAAACCUAAUCGAUAAAUAGUUAAUUAUACAUAGCAGAUAAGAGCACACUCUAUCUAGCCAUUAUCAUGUGAGUGUGUGUGUGAUUUAGCAAUUGCUUAUCGUGUGUAUUUAGAAGCUUCUAAAACAGCCUUUCUGCCACCAUUCGACUCCGUGGGGCCAGGUCACCAAAGUUCGGAGAAACGACCGCUCUUUUUGCAAGGAAUGUGUGUAGUAAAUGAGAUUGGUUGGAUUCCCUGAUUGUAGGGUCGUUUCUCCGAAGGUGAGCUUAGCUCCACACGAGGGUACAGUUUGUGUAACGUUCAAAUCUCGCGCGAGAUCUGAUUUGGUUGAUGUUUCACCUCCUCCUCUUUCCUACAACUCUCUUGUUUUGAUUUCGUGUGUGUUUAGUAACUUCAGUCUUUCGCUUCCAUAGAACAUAAAUUCAGUUUAACACAAUUCGUUUGUUCAUGCUUAGAGUUAGUAAAAACUACUAUAUUAUACUGUCGUAAGUCUAGAGUGAUGUGUGUAAGAACAAAACACAGGGUUGACACAGGAUACGGUUUAACACUGUAAAAUAGACAGGGUAGCUCUUUGAGCAGCCUUCUCAAACUAAUAGGAGCAACAAGGUUAUACGUUUCAUCUUCGAAUUACUAAACUAACAUCGGGCAAGAUCUAACUAGGUUCAGAUUAACAAUCAUAGGUAAGGAAUAAUA